AUGAUGGCAAUAUACGGCUUCGUGAUAGACCAAUUACCGUCUGUAGACCAAAUCGUUGUCACUAACGACGACACAAUUGUGAACGCAACAGCAUUGGAACAGGUAUUACACAUGAAGAAAGGUCCAGUCAUGUUAGGGAAAGUUUCCCGCGGCUAUCCUCGGAUCUUUUUGCCAUGGCUGACAUGGCAUGUUCCAUCAGAAAUGUAUCCAAACCUUUGCUACCCACUUUUUGUUCAGGGAUCUUCAUUCGUUCUCUCCAAAGAUGGCGCUAAGUUAUUAGUGGAAAACGUUUGCAAAGUACCGAUGGUCCACCUAGAUGAUGUUUUCAUGGGUGUCUUAUCAAACUGUGUCGGACUGGGACUUAUUCACAAUGAAGGAUUCGACAAGCAUAUAUUCGAUGACUUCGUUGUUUACCACUAUCAGUAUUCAAGACACUCGGCCAAGUACUUGGAAUCUCUAUGGCAAAACUCAGAAAUGAUAUUAUAG